AUGAACAAAAAGGCUGGCCCAAUCAACUGGUGCGUUGGAGACGAUAGAAAGAGUGAAGCCGACACUUAGAAAUCCAUCUCCAUGUUAAAUUAACGCACUAUAAUAAAUCGGAUGAGUUAAGAGCUGUAGUCUAGAAGGCUGCUGACUGACUUACACCACGCUCCUUCGCAAGAUUGAGGGUCGGGCUGUAAUGUCUCCUUCGGGGUGUGGCCUUACUAGCAUUCUCAUCUAUUCGAGCCUCGAGCCGACCUUAUUUUAUCCUGCCACAUUUGGAGUGGAAGCCAGGUCGUGUCUGGCACUCGUCAACGGGUUGGAGCAUGGGAAAACACUCGCGUUGUUGACGCCUGCCCAAUAAGGAAGGGCGGCGAAUUCCUGGAGGCAAUGCACUCAGACGAGGCAUGCAUCAACCGGCAUAUCCAUCUAGAUGCCACAUACAGAAUUGUUAAGGACAGAUUCAAACUGACUCAAUCAAUCUCGAGAAGAUAACUUAAGCCAAUCAUAGAAUACUUUGUCGGACUCGGUCUAGAAGUUAAUUGUUCUCGCACGCCCGUCUUCUGAAACCGAGCUGGGGAACCCGUCUCGAAAAUUUACACAAUAAAGUUUACCGUUUCCCAAAGAACCCCAUAUUCCUAAAUAUAUAUGCUGGAAGAUGGACAUCAUAAGAAGUCUAAUUCGAAGAAAAUGAGUCCUUUGGGAAAUUGUACAAAAUUUAUUUCGUAAAUUUUGCCCAAUUUCCCAAAGGACUCAAUUUUCUUUGAAAUAUGUAUAUAUAUAUAUGUGAAGUGGAAAACGGGCAUCUGAAGAAGUUUACUUCGAAGAAAAUAAGUUCCUUGGGAAAGAUAAUAAAAUUUAUUUCGUAAAUUUUUGAUUCGUCCUCAAACAUGAAGCAAGUGUGCACAACAGUUAAAAUUCAAACGUGCCUAGGAAUCGGUAUUGCUCUGUCUCUCCUGCCAAUCAGCCUUUAGGCUGGCAUCACAUUUUGCUUGGCUAUCGCCAUAUCAUUUGAUGUGCUGGUUGAUGCACGAGCUGUCGGAAUUUAUGGCCCCUGAAAAUUCUCGGUCUUUCUUGGAGGAACGGAAACCUAUAAUGCGAGUCUUGUUCAAGGCAAAUUUAUGACCAGCUUCCAGCGUAUGAAUGUCAACUUGGGACAAGUGUGGCGGCAGAUUUUCUUGUUUGACCAGAAUGAACUACAUUGCGGGUAUCGCAUGGUAUCUAACAGACGACUUCUUUCUUUACUCGAUAGUCAAUCCUAUUCUUAGGGUGUACUGGCUGGUUACGAAGUGUAGUCGUCGGUUUGUGCGCCAUGUGUAUCUGGUGAUUCCUCAGGUGUCUUUUAACUAGUUCGAACACAUCGUUAAUUUACGGAAGCGUUCGCCACUUUAUUGGUUUGGAUGCCUGAUCGGAAGAAUCUACUUUCUUGUCUUUUUCUUUCAACUUCUGUUGUCUUGUGCAUCGAUUUACGAAAUCUCCCGGAUGCCCAUUGUGGGAAAGCAGUUUGAACAAAUAAUUCAAUUCUGUUUGGUAAGUUUUGUUGUCAGAGCAGUGAGUAUUUGUUUGAUUAAGGAGGCUGUUCACGUCACCCCGUUUGCGAGAGAUUGGGUGGUUGCUAUAAGUAUUGUGAAAGAACCUCGCAUAAGCCCCCCUUUUGGUACACUGAUAUGUGCACACUUGUAUCACAUCUGAGGACGACCUGGGGGACUAGAGUCGACAAUUUACGAAAUAAACUUUAUUAUCAUUUCCAAGGGACUUAUUUUCUUCCAAGCCUAUAUGUUGGAGUUACAUCCACCGAUCGGGUUACUUGGCAUGCUCUUCCAUUGUGCCUUGAAGCUCAACCGAGAGCCCGCGAAGACGGUCACGUAGCGACCAUAAAUAAGUUCCGGAAGGAGUACCGAAGAAGACAAAGGAGACUGAGAUAGUCGCUUCGGGCUUGUUGAUCGUCGUCAGUGAGCCAUACUCAACCCCAAGUUUGUGACACCCGAGAUUUGAACCCAGGAUAUUUGGUCAUUGAGUCGAAUUCUCUACCGUUGAGCCACGUGCUUUUUGUCCUGUCGGUUGCGGUUGGGAAUAUUAGCUACGCUGGAGUUGCGUUCAUCGGUCUGGUUGCAGAACUCAAUCUAGAGCCCACGAAGGCGAUUGCAUGGCGGUCAUGCAUACACGCGGGAGGGAGCGCCGAUAGCAACCGACAGGACAAACCCGUGGCUCAGUAGUAAAGUUUUCAACUCAAUGACCAAAAGUCACCGGAUAGGAUCCCAGUCUGCCUUGUCUUAGUCGGUACUGCUCCCAACUUAUUUCCACGACCCCCUAUGCAGCUGCCUUCGUUGGUUCCAGAUUGAGCUUCAGGGCACAGCAGGACGAGCAUGUCCCGUAACCCGACCUGACUCAUUGUCGUCCAUCUGCCAAGAACGCACUUAGAUUUGUCCCCAAUUGGUUACGACCAGGGCGAGAGCUACGGUUACGGCCAGGUGAGGAUCAAUGUUGAUCUAGGGUUAGGGUUACGGCGAGGGUUGCGGCUUGGGUUAGAAAUACCGUUAAGCAAAUUCAGGGGCGGAUGACGCUAAGUCGAUCGAAUUGUUUCGCAUCUCUUUCCUCUCAGCAGAUACGUUUACUGCAUUUGCUUCUUAUCUCCCCAGGUACACCCACAAAAAUCCGGCACAGCGGCUGAUUCCCGUCUUUAUUGGGCACUAGGAUCCCCUACCCUAACCAAACUGUCACCGCCGCCGCCGCUGCUGCUGUUGUCAUGGCCGAGGAUGCCUGCAUACUGCGAGAAACGCGUCCCAAGUACUAUGGUACGCUGAGGGACGCGUCCUCAUCGUCUGCAGCGGUAACACCGUGUGCACACAAAUGCAUCCGUUACACUGUCCAACCCGGGGACACGCUCUCCUCCAUUGCCGUGCGCCAUGACGUGAGCGUGAGCCUGCUGAAACGGGUCAAUCGCAUGUGGAGUAAUGACGUGCUGGUGACUGACACCCUUCUCAUCCCCAUACCGCCCUCGUCCUCAGAGCCACUGUCGACCAACACAUCAUCCUCCUCAGCCGAUAAAGCUGCCGUCUCCACUGUCACUUCCUCCCUAGACGCUUCGAGACAGGCGAGACAUCUCGGCGGAUCUCGGUGAGCGUAUUCCACCUUUUGAUGGUUCUGUCUGUGGCAUCUCUUGUGUAAAAUGAGGUCUCCCGUGGUCUGACACGACAGUCGGGAGGUCAGCGUACUCACGCCAUUACCUGUUAUUCCAGCUACUGGCGGCCUUACGCGGCUCUGCACGUGUAGGAAAGUUAACCAACCUUUCGACUUUUGAAGUCGCUGAUUAAAAAAAAAGCGGUGGACGACUAUGUGGCUUGGAGCUUGAAUGGGAACGUAGUUGGCGGCCAUACAGACCUACUGUCUCCGUAACGAACCCCGUGCAGUCUUAGCCUGUGGCGCCGACCGUUGAUAGUUUACAGUGUCCUACGGACAGCACGUGCUCGAUCAAGUAAACAAGCGGUUGUAAUGCGUGGUCAGUCUGUCGUCUUACUCUCACAAGCGCCAUGAUGUCAAUCACUUCUUGUCGCUGUUCGCGUUAAUGGUGCGUAAGCCGACUGAAAAGUCAGUUUUCCAUGCGGAAGUAACUUCUGAAAUUGUUUUCCACCACCGUCACUUUUGAUACUUUUGCCCAACUACCUGUAUCUUAUCCUUUUCGGACCAUAGGUUGUCCUGCGUCGUCUGUGAAAGUUUGCUCACCUGAAUCCCCCCACCUGUGUUUUCGAUGCCAGGAAUGCAGGCUGGAGCAUCGGUUUUCUUUGCUUGAAGCUUCAAAUGUACACGCGAAAAGCAUGUGGUAUUUACUGGCUGCGGUUGCGGCGCGGCCGCAUGCCUGCCGGUGGUUGACAGUUCUCACGCGCCCUUCGGUACUUAUUUGGUGUUUGACUUAACUCAUACCUGAUCAAGCCGACCUCGACGAUGUCACGGACUGUGCCUCUCCAUGCCCGAUUAUCCGCGGCAGCGGAUCUGGGCAGCUUGACCCCCUCUCCCCUUUGGCGACGGAGAUUGAACACCGAAGGUCCAAGAACCACUGUGGCGGUCAAGGAUGUGAGAUCAACUUUAACCACACACAAUAAGCUCGUUUCGUCUAAUGUCGGAAGUCAGGGAGCUGUGAGGACUGGUUUAUUCUCUACAAAGGGCAGGUUGCCGUAAGUUGGCUGUUUGCUUGCAACAGAGAUAAGCGUCCGUUCACGGCGUGUGUCAGUCGCGGUGUGUAGUUUACGCGGGAGUGAAUGUCUGUGUCAGUAGGUGGGGGUGACUGGCUGAGUGUUGGUCGUGUGAUUGGACGGAUUAGGGGAGAAUUAGGGGGGACGCAUAAUCACAGGGGCUCACGGGUAUCCAGUCGGGUCGUCCGACGCGCGUGAGGUGAUAAUAGUUUGUGAGGGCAUCCGGGAGUCACUGCAGCUGGACAGGAGGGGCCCAGUUCCAGCCGGCGGGGUUGGUCGUGUGUCAACGGCCUGUCAACCAUUGUCCGGCCAUCGACCGACAAAGCGGGGCAGGAAAAAAGGGGGACUGGAGCGGCUGCUACAACACUUGCAUGUUUUGACGAACUGUGUUCAGCCAGAUUGUGGGUUGGCCUCCUCUUCGACAGCUCCACCUGGGUAACGGCGCCGAGUCGAGAGCAGAAACACGAGACGGACUACGAAACACGCGCCCAAACCGCAUCAGUUAUAUUUAUUAGAUGUCCCGGGAUAUCCGUGCAAUAUUAUCAUGGCGAGUGCUGCCAGUCUUAUGUGAGAUGUGGCCAGUGCACUUCAGUCUAAGGAUGAUUCUCAGACAGCGGUGGUCAAACACCUCCAGUUUUCGCUCUUCUCCCACGCUCAAAGCCCAACUUUUAUAACCGCUUGCAGGGUGCAUGCAGAUCUUCGUUGCACGGUGAUUUCGCGUCGGGUCCAUAGGCCCGCCAGCAGCAUCUGUCUAAAGAGCUCCGCUUACCGUCCACUUCUUCAAGUUAACAGCCAUUUAUCCCGAGGAUGGUCUUCUGCUGGUCGGGGAUGCAGCUCGAAAACACUCUGGUCCACCCAGCUUUUAUGGACAAACUGACGUAUUUUUCGGCUCCCUUCACCAGUGGCACUACAGACUCUAGAUCACCCAAACUUGAGGCUAACAAGGCAGUAUCGCCAGCGUAGUCGGGAUCAGUCAGUCGGCGUUCAGGUGUAAACUGAACACCGUCAAACCCAUGUAGGGCCCUUCUAGUAAUCGGGCUAGCGGCGUCGUUGAGCAGAAUUAGCGACAGGACGCAGCCUUGUUGCUUCAUUGUCUGUACGAAUACCGUUCAAACUCACAGUUGGCUUAUGAGUUUAGGUGCCAUAGUAACUAAUUAUCGACCAUGGGGUGGACUAUCGACGCAGGUGACGACCAAGAGAAUGUGCGUUAUGUGUGCACUUUGGGGCUGCCAUCGUCUAUUCCUCCCUAUGACCUCAAGAUCGCGACCAUGAUGUCGCAUGUUUUUAUGCCGUCACAUGAUCGGGGCAGCCCCCUUACAUCCUUCACUCUUUUUCACCCAUAGCGCGCGUGAUCAUGCCUAACGGCUUUUGGAUCGCAGAGUCUGCACUGUUCGUUCGUUAGCUUUUAGUUUCUGUGUCCCUCCGACUUUAACCGAGCGCUUGUUUUAUUUCGCGUUUUGAUGCAGUGCUCAAGUUCAACGAUGAACAGUAGCCAUCUCGUACAAAAACGCGCAUUUGCGGGACCUGGUUGCUGUGGAGACGCGUAAUGGUCCUUAGGUCACCAUCUUACGCGUCAUAGACGAAGUUCACACCAUAAGCUUACCAGUUUUACCAUGCCCUCCUAUAUCCACGAGCGUUCACAUCUGUGUAACGCUUAUCGCCUAUGCAGUGUGUGUGUGUAUGCGAAUACUUAAUCCGCUGGAUGACAAGCUAAUCGCAUGCCUGUUAAGUCAAAGGGGCUGUACUGUUUAGUUGUCGCACCCGGAUUAGGCCAGGCCGCGGGAUUGUCCCCCAACUGCCAGGACCAACGUCCGUCGAGUGUCGGUACACCCAUAGGCCAAUACACAAGUUGGCAACAGCUGCCCAAAAUCACGAAUGCCUCUCUCUCCCUCUCUCUCUCUCUCUCUCUCUCCCUCUCUCUCUCUCUCUCUCUCUCUUUGUCCAUGACCUUUUUCGUACGUUGCUGCUAAGCUUACCCAAGUUUUUGUAGUUCUGGGACUGUUACUUCCUGUUUCCUCAUAGGUGCUAGUCGUUUUCCUGCCGGGAAAUUCUCAUACCCCAGAAAUAUAAUCUGAAAUUUGUCUAUUCCAUUCUAACAAAAACGCUCAUUGCUUUACACACAUCCCACCCUCUUUCUAUCCAGUCCUCAGGCCGACCCCCUUCAACGGCCAUUGAACUCCUCGGCGGGGCCCUCUCAAAUGUCCCUUGAGGAACUCAUGCAGCCGCGGGUGGCAACCAUUGUUUCACGUCCCUCAGACUCCUCGCUGCACAGCAAUCCCCCGCUUCCAGAGCUUCACGGUCUCGAGAACUCCAACUUCGUCCUGCCAGACGAGAUUUUCCGCCUCUAG